CCGAUAACGCGCUGACCAGUUAUCCAGUCCGCGCUCCGCUCCUUCCCACCAAUCCAGAACGAUCGGUCGACGUUUUUCCGGGCUUUCCGCGCGCCCUUACACGAACAUCCAUCCGACAGAAUCGUACAGUGAACGAGUGCAAAGAACGGUGUAUGCGCCGGACAGCUUUUCAACCCACCAGUGAACCGUUCGCGAUGCCCGGAGUGUCGCGCCCGUAGACAAACGUCGUCUCCGGUCGAUUCGUAGUCUUCGACGUUGUGCUCGGAACCAUGUCGCGGGAGUACUACGAUCUGCGGUUCGUCGUCACCACGCCGACGUUGGCCGUCACCGAGUACAACUGUUUGAAAGAGCAGUGCAAUCAGAUUGGAUUCCUAAUUGGCGAAAAAAAAAUUAAAAUAUCAAAUGUGAUAACGGAUGAAUCAUUGAAUAACACUAUCACUGAAGAGACAAUAUGUGUUCAUGCUUCUUAUCCUUUGCCAGAUUUUUAUGAAGUAUUAUGUUCAAACCCAUUGCAAAUAGAUUACAAAAAAUUAAAGUUUUUCUUACAAAAAUGCCCAGAAAAUUAUGAGAAAUCUAUUAUUGGAUGGUAUAGAUUCCGUAGAAAUGCAGUGUUGAUACCCAGCAUUGCCGAUAUUCGUUUCCAUGCCCAGCUUAGCAGUGUUUUUGACAAGAUGAGCAUAUCUUCGAACAAAUUUCUGUUUUGCAUAUUCAACCAUAAUUAUGCAGGUUCUAUGGAUCAUAAAUUCAAUCAUAUAUUUUACAGAUGUGAUUCAGGGAGAUGUUUAAACCCAGUCAAAGUUGAUAUUGUAAACUUGAGUACAAAACCAUUUAUUGAAGAUGGUAAUCUUGGAUACAAAACAAACAUUAAUUUAAUAGAUAAUUGUAAAGCAUAUACAGAUACCAUAAAUAGAGUAUUUGGAACGGGGAAUGAACAGUGUUCAAAAGUCUCUGUAUACAAUAUGAGAACUGCUUUGAUUGAUGAGAUGAAUAAAAUGGUUCAACGAAUAGUUGAGAAUGAAGAAGAGGCAAUCAAAUUGAACACAAUUAUUGAAGAAAAAAAACAAGAGAUAGAGAAAAAAAGGAAUUCUAAAUAGAGUAUUCUCAAACAGUAAUGAUCUUAAUUAAAACUUAUUAUGCACUCAAUUAUUCAUAACUUGAAGCUUAUUUGUGUACUUGAAUUUCUAAUUUUUUAAACAUUUGUAAUAAUUUUAUUCUUUAUUUUUAUGUACUUAAUUAUUAUUGUUAAAUAUAAUAUAAAUGACCUUAAAAUAUAUUUUUCAAUUAUUUAUAUAUACAGUAGAAGCCACGUAUUAGAAACAGAGAUAAUUGAUACAAUCACAUUAUUGAAAGAAAAUGUAGAGGGAUGGACCAACCGUAUAGUAGAACAUUGAAAAUAAAUCGGAUUAUUGAAACAUUACAUCGCUUAUUUGAAACAAUUUGACGAAGAUCAAUUGACAUAUACACCGUUUAUCCAUGCAAUAACCAAUGUAAUUUAAUCUUAUCUUUGUUGUCAUUACGUUUAUAUUUUGACUAUAUUUUAUCUUAAGUGCAGUACGUCUUAUGCGAUGUAUAAAAAUAAUGCUCUUUCCUGUACGUAUUGUUAGUUCAGCUUCGGCGUGCAUAAGUAAAGAUGAUUAGUGUUUCA